GGAAUAAAUUGACUGGUACUCUGCCUCUUGAUAUGUGUAUUGGGAAUCGGCUUGAGACUCUGAAUACUGAGGAAAAUUUAUUGGUCGGUCCAAUCCCGGACUCACUCGGGAGGUGCGAGUCGCUAUCUGAGAUCCGAAUGGGGCACAACUUUCUCAACGGUUCAAUGCCAAGAGAUCUUUUCGGUUUGCCCAAACUCUCCUACGUGGAGCUGCAGAAUAACCGUCUGACCGGGAAGUUUUCAAUUUCCUCGAGAAACGAUUCUCAAUUGAGGGUACUAGAUAUUUCUGAAAACAUGAUUCAUGGGGAGCUACCUAGUUGGAUCUGGAGACUUCCCGAUCUUCAGUUUUUGAAUCUUUCUCAUAAUUGUCUAGAGACUCUAGAUGUGAAUUUAAACUCUCAGACUUCCCAACCCAUGUUGAAUAUCGUAGACCUUCACUCCAACCAGCUCAAAGGGCAACUUUCAACUAUCCCACUGGGUUUUCGACACCGAGUCCCGCGCUCGGGUUACGACAGUAUGGCGAGGCCUCUUUUUUUCUUCUCUGUUUCAAGGAAUAAAUUUGACGGGACUAUUCCUACGUCACUGUGCAAUGCUGCCUAUCUUAAUGCUCUAGACUUGUCCCAUAAUCACUUGACUGGCACGAUUCCCAAAUGCUUAAUUGAAAAGAGUAAAUAUCUAAAGGUGAUGGAUUUAGGGAAAAACAAUCUUACUGGCGUAAUUCCCAAUUCCUUUCCAGACUUUUGUAGUUUAAAAGCUUUGGUUCUGAAUGGAAAUCAACUAGAAGGAGAGCUACCAAAAUCCUUGGCCAAGUGCAAUACAGAGUUGGAGGUUUUGGACGUCGGGAACAACCGCAUUCAGGAUACCUUCCCAUGUUAUUUGAAGAACAUAGACACAUUGAGAGUCCUUAUUUUGCGAUCUAACCAAUUUUAUGGGUCUGUUAAUUGUCUAGACACUAAUACCACCUGGUCCAACCUUCAAAUUUUAGACCUCGCCUCAAACCAUUUUGUUGGUAAGUUUUCAAUACGUUACUUUUCUAGCUGGAAGGCAAUGAUGGGAACCGAAAAUAAGACUCGAUCUGAGUUUGAAGAUCUCCAAUAUAUAACGCCAGUUCUCACCUAUCAAAUUACGGUAAAAUCCCACAAGCUUUAGGAAAGUUGACUGCUCUUGAGUCACUAGACUUGUCGAGCAACAAGCUUAUUGGAGAGAUUCCUCUCCAACUUGCAGAUGGUCUUAAGUUCCUGUCAACCCUUAACCUUUCGUUCAAUCAAUUGGCGGGAAAGAUUCCA